AUGGGCUCCCAGGCGCUGCAGAUCCUGCGCCAGGGCGUGUGGGCGGCGCUAAGCGGUGGUUGGUACCAGGACCCGCACCAGGGCGUCGGGGUCAACGCGCUGCACCUGUAUCUGUGGCUCUUCCUGCUGGGCUUCCCCUUCACUCUCUACAUGGCCCUUCCUUCUUCAAUGGUGAUAGUAGCAGUCUACUGUCCAGUGAUAGCAGCUCUCUUCAUUGUUCUGAAAAUGGUGAACUACCGUUUGCACAGGGCAUUGGAUGAGGGAGAAAUUGUGGAGAGGAAUGCCAAUGAACAUAUGGACAGGGGUGCAAAAACUGAACAAGGCAAUACUUCAACCAGGAGAACAGACAGCAAUGGGCCCAGUGACCCUGGUGGAGGGAUUGAGAUGUCUGAGUUCAUACGAGAAGCCACUCCCCCAGUUGGCUGCAGUUCACGCAAUUCUUAUGCUGCUCUAGACCCAAACAACCAGAUUGGAUCAGGAUUAUCUCGUCUUGGAACAACAGCAACCAUCAAAGGAGAUACUGACACUGCGAAGACUUCUGAUGAUAUCAGUUUAAGUCUUGGCCGGAGUUGUAGUCUUUGUAAAGAAGGGAGUGAAGAACAAGAUUUGGCAGCUGAUCAAAAGAUUCUUCAUCUGGUCUCCAAUGACUCCUUUGUCUCCAUCCAGCCUUCGUUAUCCUCUGGCCAGGAUUUGCCAAGGGACAACAGUGAUAAAGUGUGCCUCCCUAACAACCACCACGUGGAUCAGUCUCUAUCUAGUGCAUGUGACACUGAAGUGGCUUCUCUUGUACCUUUGCAUUCCCACUCCUAUAGAAAAGAUCACAGACCACGAGGUGUGCCAAGGACCUCUAGCUCUGCUGUUGCUUUUCCAGAUGCUUCUCUAAAUGACUUCCCUCUCUAUCAACAAAGACGAGGACUAGAUCCAGUCAGUGAGUUGGAAGCUUCCAAACCCCAUUGUGGAUCCAAAGAAUCCUUAGCUGAGAACUCUUGUAUUUCAGGAGUCUUUCAGUUAGAUGACAUCCUGAAAAGUAGCAGCCCCCAGCAGCUGGCCAAGAGUGGGAAGAGCAAAUGUUUGAAAGCAGAAAAAAGCGUGGACAGUCUGAGAAGCCUGAGUGGUAGGAGUAGUGGUUCAACAGAAAGCUAUUGCAGUGGAAUUGAUCGUGACACUAACAGUACCAUCAGUAGCUACAAAAGUGAGCAGACCAGUUCAACUCAUGUAGAAAAUGUGUUGUCAGAGCAUGAGGAGUCUCCUAGAGAAGAGAGAGAGACCAGCAAGAAAAAGGACUGCUGUAUUGACUCAGAGGAUGACAGUAGCUCUGCUACGGAUAAAAGGUCUAGUAGUGAAAGAACUGCUGUAGAAAUGAGCACUAAUAGUGGUGUUCAAGAAACAAAGGAUUCUAACACAUCCGAUGAGAUACACAGUCAAAGGGGUCUUAGUGCCUCUGCUUCAGAAGAAGCCAAUAAGAACCCCCAUGCCAAUGAACUGACUACACAAGUAGACAGGCCACCUGGGAAGGCUGCUGAAACAAGAGAUGAUCAGAGUGAGAAAUUGGCUGCCUUAGUUGAUUCAAGAACUUGUAAAGAAACAGGUGGUAAACAAAAGGAAGGAGAUGUACGACCUAAAUCAUCUAGCUUAAUCCAUCGGACAGCCUCUGUUCAUAAAUCGACCAGGAGACGGACAGGAAAAAAGCGGGCUAGUAGUUUUGACUCAAGUCGGCAUAGGGAAUACAUUUCCUUUCGAGGCGUGUCUGGAACCAAACCCCAAAGUGCUGUGUUUUGUCAUGACGAGGACUCCAGUGAUCAGAGUGACUUGAGCAGGACCUCAAGCAUGCAGUCAGCCCACCAGUUCAGCAGUGAUAGUUCUUCCAGCACCACUUCCCAUUCAUGCCAGUCUCCUGAGGGCAAGUACAAUGCUCUGAAGACCAAAUACAUUAAAGAAAGAGGAGGCGCAGACUCAAACACCUACAAAGCCCAUUUAGGCUCUGAAGGAAUUAGCAAAAAACGUUCAACACGUCGAACUUCUAGUACUAACAGUGUGAAGAGUCGUGCCAGAGUAUUAAGUCUGGACAGUGGUACUGUAGCCUGUUUAAAUAACCCAAAUAGCUUAAUGGCACCAGGUAACACAAAACAAUUAACCACUUCAAAAUCAGAUUUGGAGGCCAAAGAGGGAGAGGUGCUAGAUGAGCUAUCUCUAUUGGGAAGGGCUUCACAUUUAGAGUCAGUCACUCGUUCUAGGAAUAGUUUACCAAGCCAGGCUAUGUUUCCUGAAGGGGAAGAGCAAGAAUCAUCAAGUGGAGCAGCACAAGCCAGCGAGGAGACUGUCAUGUUUCACCGUGAACGCAGCACAUUUAGGCGUCAGGCAGUACGGCGCCGGCACAAUGCAGGGAGUAACCCCACCCCUCCCACAUUGCUCAUCGGAUCGCCCCUCAGCCUUCAAGAUGGUCAGCAAGACCAGCAAUCCACAACACAGGUCAAAGUCCAGUCCCGCCCCCCUUCCCAGGCAGCUGUGCUCAGCGCUAGCGCCUCCUUGCUGGUGAGAAAUGGGAGUGUCCACUUAGAAGCAUCACAUGACAAUGCAUCUGCUGUAGGCGGUAGCAGUUUGCACGAUGAACUUGGUAAGUUUAGUUCUACACUCUACGAGACGGGAGGCUGUGACAUGUCACUUGUGAACUUUGAGCCAGCUGCAAGAAGAUCAUCCAACAUCUGUGACACGGACUCUCAUGUAUCAAGUUCUACCUCAGUUCGCUUUUAUCCACAUGAUCUACUUUCUCUUCCUCAGAUCAGGUUGAACAGGCUGUUAACUAUAGACACAGAUCUGCUGGAGCACCAAGACAUUGACCUAAGCCCUGACCUUCAGGACCGUAUGCAAUCACAAGAGGAAGCAGCCCAGAAAGUUAAACAAUACUAUCGCUUUUGGAUCCUACCCAAGCUGUGGAUUGGCAUUAAUUUUGAUAGGCUAACUCUCUUGGCUUUGUUUGAUAGGAAUCGUGAGAUCCUUGAAAAUGUGUUAGCUGUCAUCCUAGCCAUUUUAGUUGCUUUCCUGGGUUCUGUACUCCUUAUAGAGGGCUUUUUCAAGGAUAUCUGGAUCUUCCAGUUUUGCCUGGUAAUAGCCAGUUGUCAGUACUCACUACUCAAGAGUGUUCAACCAGAUUCUUCUUCCCCUCGACAUGGUCAUAAUCGUAUCAUAGCCUAUAGUAGGCCUGUUUAUUUCUGUUUGUGUUGCGGUCUUAUAUGGUUGUUGGAUUAUGGCAGCAGAAAUACAUCUACAACAAGGUUCAGGUUGUAUGGAGUGGUUUUCACCAACCCGUUGCUGCUGCUGUCCGCCAGGGACUUAGUUAUAGUAUUUACGCUGUGUUUCCCUAUAGUAUUCUUCAUUGGUCUCCUGCCUCAGGUGAAUACAUUUGUGAUGUACCUCUGUGAACAGCUGGAUAUUCAUGUCUUUGGUGGCAACGCCACUACAAGCCUGCUUGCAGCUCUUUACAGUUUCAUCUGUAGUAUUGUGGCAGUAGCAUUACUGUAUGGAUUGUGUUAUGGUGCCCUGAAGGAUUCUUGGGAUGGCCAGCAUAUUCCAGUCCUCUUCUCAAUAUUCUGUGGCUUGUUAGUAGCGAUAUCCUAUCAUCUCAGCAGACAGAGUAGUGACCCUUCUGUACUUUUCUCUUUAGUACAAUCAAAAUUUUUUCCUAAUUCCGAAGACAAAAACCCAGAGGAUCCUCUGUCUGAAGUCAAAGAUCCUUUACCUGAAAAACUUAGAAAUUCAGUGAAUGAACGGUUACAAUCAGACCUGAUAGUGUGCCUCGUCAUUGGUGUACUCUAUUUUGCAAUUCAUGUCAGUACAGUAUUCACAGUUUUGCAGCCUGUCCUUAGCUACAUUUUGUAUGCGUUGGUGGGCUCAGUAGGAUUUUUAACCCAUUAUGUGCUGCCUCAACUUCGAAAGCAGCUUCCUUGGCACUGUUUCUCUCACUCAUUGCUGAAAACCAAGGAAUAUUAUCAAUUUGAAGUCCGAAAUGCUGCCCAUGUAAUGUGGUUUGAGAAACUUCAUGUAUGGCUCCUCUUUGUGGAGAAGAAUGUUAUCUACCCACUGAUAGUCCUCAAUGAGCUCAGCAGCAGUGCCAAGAACAUUGCUAGUCCAAAGAAACUGGACACAGAGAUUGGCGCUUUAAUGAUCACCAUAGCUGGUUUGAAGUUGUUACGUUCCUCUUUCAGCAACCCAACCUGCCAGUAUGUCACUGUUAUUUUCACAGUGCUCUUCUUUACAUUUGACUACAAAAGUUUUUCUGAGACCAUGCUGCUAGACCUCUUCUUCAUGUCCAUACUCUUCAGCAAGCUUUGGGAACUCUUUUAUAAAUUGAGAUUUGUGUAUACUUAUAUUGCUCCUUGGCAGAUCACGUGGGGCUCUGCUUUCCAUGCUUUUGCCCAGCCCUUUGCUGUGCCACAUUCUGCAAUGUUGUUUGUCCAAGCAGCUGUGUCGGCUUUCUUCUCCACCCCACUGAACCCCUUUCUGGGAAGUGCAAUAUUCAUCACUUCAUAUGUCAGACCUGUCAAAUUCUGGGAAAGAGACUACAACACAAAGCGUGUGGACCAUUCAAACACAAGACUCGCUUCCCAGCUUGAUAGAAAUCCAGGUUCAGAUGAUAACAACCUGAAUUCAAUCUUCUAUGAGCAUUUAACCCGUUCCCUUCAGCACAGCCUGUGUGGAGACCUGUUGCUGGGGCGGUGGGGGAACUACAGUACUGGGGACUGCUUCAUCCUAGCUUCUGACUACCUCAAUGCACUAGUACACCUUAUAGAGAUAGGAAAUGGUCUUGUCACCUUCCAGCUGAGGGGGCUUGAAUUCAGAGGCACUUACUGUCAGCAACGAGAAGUAGAGGCUAUCACCGAGGGGGUAGAGGAAGAUGAAGGGUUUUGUUGCUGUGAACCUGGCCACAUCCCACAUAUGCUUUCGUUCAAUGCUACCUUUGGUCAACGCUGGCUGGCAUGGGAAGUGCUUGUGACAAAGUAUGUUCUGGAAGGCUACAGCAUCACAGACAACAGUGCCGCUUCCAUGCUUCAAGUCUUCGAUCUUCGGAAAAUUCUCACCACUUAUUAUGUAAAGGGCAUUAUCUAUUAUGUCACAACGUCCCCCAAGCUGGAGGAAUGGUUAGCUAAUGAGACAAUGCAGGAAGGAUUACAGCCAUGUGCAGACUGCAACUAUGUUGAUGUGGACCCUACAUUUAAUCCAAAUAUUGAUGAGGAUUAUGAUCAUCAUCUAGCAGGGGUCUCCAGAGAAAGUUUCUGUAUGACUUACCUCAACUGGAUAGAGUACUGCUGCUCCCGAAGAGAAAAGCUGCUGGAUGCAGAUAAAGACUCCUCCUUGGUGACUCUUUGUUACGGACUCUGUGUUCUGGGGCGGAGAGCUUUGGGGACUGCUUCCCAUCAUAUGUCUAGUAAUUUGGAAUCUUUCCUGUAUGGGCUGCAUGCCCUGUUUAAGGGCGACUUCCGUAUCUCUUCAAUCCGAGAUGAAUGGAUCUUUGCUGACAUGGAAUUGCUGAGGAAAGUGGUGGUUCCUGGAAUACGCAUGUCACUCAAACUACAUCAGGAUCACUUCACUUCCCCAGAUGAAUACGAUGACCCUACUGUCCUCUACGAAGCCAUUGUGUCCCAUGAGCAAAACCUGGUUAUAGCACAUGAAGGGGACCCUGCCUGGAGGAGUGCUGUCCUUUCCAACUCUCCCUCCCUGCUUGCCCUCCGCCAUGUGAUGGAUGAUGGCACCAAUGAAUAUAAAAUCAUCAUGCUGAACAAGCGGUAUCUCAGUUUCAGAGUAAUCAAGGUAAAUAAGGAGUGUGUGCGUGGCCUCUGGGCUGGGCAGCAGCAGGAACUUGUCUUCCUGCGUAACCGUAACCCAGAAAGAGGGAGCAUCCAAAAUGCAAAGCAGGCUUUGAGGAAUAUGAUCAAUUCUUCUUGUGACCAGCCCAUUGGAUACCCAAUCUACGUCUCGCCUUUGACUACUUCCUAUUCGGAUAGCCAUGAUCAGCUCAAGGAGUUUCUUGGGGGAGCUAUCAGUUUGGGAAAUAUCAGAAACUUCAUAGUGUCCACAUGGCACAGAUUAAGGAAAGGUUGUGGUGCUGGCUGCAACAGUGGUGGAAACAUUGAAGAUUCAGAUGCUGGAGGUGGGGCUCCCUGCACAAGUAACAAUGCAGCUGCCAAUGAGUCGCAAAGCAGCAUGUCACAAGCAGGAGGGAAUUUAAUUACAGGGCAGGGCCCUGGAGUGGGACUCCACCCUCCUGUCACAUCUCACCCCUCAACAUUAGGCACCAGUCACAGCUCCCACUCUGUGCAGUCAAGCCUUGUCAGACAUUCCCCUGCCCGUGCCUCGGUAGCCAGCCAUUCAUCUUAUUGCUACAGCAGUCGCCAUUCAUCACUUCGCACGUCCACUACAGGCUUUGUGCCUUGCCGACGCUCUUCCACCAGUCAGAUAUCCCUUCGUAACCUCCCAUCCUCCAUCCAGUCCCGCCUAUCCAUGGUGAACCAAAUGGAACCCACUAGCCAGACUGGCGUUGUCAUCGUGCAGCAUGGCCUACCCUCUUCCAGCAGCUCCAGCCAAAGCAUCCCAGCCUGUAAACAACAUGCCCUUGUGGGCUUUCUAGGAACAGAAGGCGGGAAUAACGUAACUGAUGCACAGUCAGGUGGUAAUGCAAGCCCUGCAAACCAUAUGCAAGCCAAAAGGGAUGAAGUUAUUUACAGAAUCCAGAUAAUGGAUCCCAGCCAAGUACUGGAAGGGAUCAACAUGUCUAAAAGGAAGGAGCUGCAGUGGCCAGAUGAGGUGAUACGGCUAAAAGCUGGAAGAAAUAGCUGGAAAGACUGGAGUCCUCAGGAAGGCAUGGAAGGCCAUGUGAUUCACCGCUGGGUGCCUUGCAGCAGAGAUCCAGGGAGUAGGUCCCACAUAGAUAAAACCAUCCUGCUGGUCCAGAUUGAAGACAAAUAUGUUGCUGUGGUUGAAACUGGAGUCCUAGAACUUGGGGCUGAAGUGUGA